UGCCUGGAGACGGCGGAAACGUUUCUGAGCAGCGAUGGAGAAGUAUGAGAAAAUCAAAGUUGUCGGAAGAGGAGCUUUCGGGAUUGUUCACCUGUGCCGUAGGCGUGGUGACGGGGCCUUUGUCAUCCUGAAGGAGAUCCCAGUGGAGCAGAUGUCCCGGGACGAACGCCUGUCUGCUCAGAAUGAGUGUCAAGUCCUGAAACUGCUCAACCAUCCAAAUAUUAUAGAGUACUAUGAGAAUUUCCUGGAAGACAAAGCCCUCAUGAUAGCUAUGGAGUAUGCACCAGGUGGAACCCUGGCUGAUUACAUACAGAAGCGCUGCAACUCUCUGUUGGACGAGGACACCAUCCUUCACUUCUUUGUGCAGAUCUUACUUGCUCUGUACCACGUCCACAACAAGCUGAUCUUGCACAGAGACCUUAAGACACAAAAUAUUCUUCUUGACAAGCACCAGAUGAUCGUCAAAAUCGGUGAUUUUGGCAUCUCCAAAAUUCUUGUCAGCAAGAGCAAAGCUUACACUGUAGUCGGGACCCCAUGCUACAUCUCCCCAGAGUUGUGUGAGGGAAAGCCGUAUAACCAGAAGAGUGACAUCUGGGCUUUGGGUUGUGUGCUCUAUGAGCUAGCGAGCCUUAAGAGAGCCUUUGAGGCUGCUAAUCUACCCGCCCUUGUUCUGAAGAUCAUGAGCGGAACAUUUGCUCCAAUUUCAGACCGGUACAGCCCAGAACUCCGACAGCUCAUCCUCAAUAUGCUCAAUCUGGAUCCAUCCAAACGGCCUCAACUCAAUGAAAUUAUGGCUCUUCCCGUAUGCAUCAGGCCCCUGCUUAAUCUCUACACGGAUAUAGGCAAUGUCAAAAUGCGCAGGAUUGAAAAACCACUGUCUAAUAUGCAAACUGGUCCUCACGGUAGACCAGGAGGGAGAGUUCCUACCAACAGGUCCAGAGAUGGGUCAGUGGGUUUUGGAUCAGGGAAGGUGCAUUCCCUCCCGCUGUCGUCGGUGUACACGUGGGGAAGUGGAAUCUCAGCGCCUCUCCGCCUGCCGAUGCUCAACACAGAGGUGCUUCAAGUGUCUCUGGGACGCACUCAGAAGAUGGGGGUGACCAAGUCUGGCCGUCUGAUUACAUGGGAGGCUCCAUCAGUGGGGUCUGGUGAGGCCGGUCUGCCCGGUGUGGUGGAGCAGAUGCAGCCUCAGUUCAUUUCACGUUUCCUUGAGGGUCAGUCUGGUGUCACCAUCAAGUCUGUGUCCUGUGGCGAUCUUUUUACCACCUGCAUGACAGACAGGGGCAUUGUCAUGACAUUUGGAAGUGGGAGCAAUGGCUGUCUAGGACACGGUAACUUCAAUGAUGUAACACAGCCCAAGAUAGUUGAAGCACUCCUCGGCUACGAGCUGGUUCAGGUGUCGUGUGGUGCUUCCCACGUACUCGCUGUGACCAAUGAGAGAGAAGUCUUUGCCUGGGGAAGAGGAGACAACGGUCGCCUUGGGCUAGGCACCCAAGACACCCACAACGCUCCACAGCAGGUGUGUUUACCUGUGGAAUUUGAAGCCCAGAGAGUGAUGUGUGGAGUCGACUGCUCCAUGAUUAGCAGCACCCAGCACAGCAUUGUGGCCUGUGGAAGCAACAGGUUCAACAAGCUUGGGCUGGAUAACAUAACAGCUGGAGAGGAAUCAAAUCCCUCGAAUCAGGUGGAAGAAGUCAAUUCUUACACUCCUAUCCAAUCAGCCCCACUCAACAGCGAGAAGAUUGUUCACAUUGACAUUGGGACAGCACAUUCUGUUGCUGUUACAGAAAGAGGUCAGUGUUUUACAUUUGGCAGCAACCAGCAUGGUCAGAUGGGCUGUAGUUCCCGUCGUAGCAGCCGUGUUCCCUACCCGGUGCCCGGGCUGCAGGGCAUCAGCAUGGCUGCCUGUGGAGACGCUUUCACCUUGGCUAUCGGAUCUGAUGGGGAGGUGUACACCUGGGGGAAGGGGGCCCGCGGCCGCCUCGGAAGAAAAGAGGAGGAUUCUGGGAUACCGAAGGCGGUGCAGCUCGACGAAAGUCACCCUUUCACGGUGACAUCAGUGGCUUGUUGUCAUGGCAACACUCUGCUGGCAGUGAAACCUUUGCUUGAGGAACCUGUCCCUAGAUGAUUUUGUCCUAAAAACGAACCCACACCCACUCAGCGGUUGUCCUGAAGCCCAGCCGUGGCAUGAGGUGAAGCUUCCUCUGAAUAUAACUCCUCCCAGAGGCCCAUCUGUGCUGCAUUUGAAAGAUUCCCUUUCACACUGCAGCUGCGGCCUCAGAUUCUCACUUGGUCUUCCUCUCUAUCCAGUUUUUUCUCUCUCCUGUUUGUUUCAUUCGGCGGUUUGAUAUCAUGCAGCAGGGCACAAAGAAAUGCUCAAAAUCUGUGUGUGUGUGUGUGUGUGUGUGUGUGUGUGUGUGUGUGUGUGUGUGUGUGUGUGUGUGUGUGUUUUGCAGCAGGUGUAUCUCACAACAGGUUAGUUAUAAGAAUGUUGCAACACUGUUACUGAAGAUGGAUUACAGGAAGUCAUUAGGCAGCUUUCAUGUGGAGAGCUAUUGUCCUCUCUCACGGGCAGAGUUAGCAUGAUAAAGGCCAGUAAAAGUCAAACUGGUUUGAGCUCCUUUAAGCCACUGAUGAAUAAGAUUACACGAUGCAAAGAAACGAGAAGAAUGACAGCCACUUGAGUGUCAUCAGUCGAAUGAACCAAACACAUUGACCUCAGUCACAUCGUCAGCGCUCACAUUGUGCUUUAUUGGAUUAUUCCUCCAAUACAUUUGUAACUCAACAGCAGCGCUCAAUCCAGAUAACGACGAGUUGUUCAGGGUUCAACUGAUCAACGUCUUUAAGACUUCAUGUGUCCGAAAUCACUCCCUCGUUCACUACUCUGCCGGUGGCUGUCGUUGGAUACAAAUUAUUCACUUACUUUUUUCUUCAUCUUUAACAUCUAUUAAAAGUGGCAGAUUGCAUUGUGGGAUUGUUGGCAGAAAGUAGUGUAAGAUAAGAUAGAACUUUUAUCAUCCCGAGGGAAAUAGUUGUGCAGCACAGAGUGCAAUAUAAAAAUAUUUAAAAAACAUACAAAUGCAAAAAAUUCAAACAAGGUUAACAGUAAGGAUCAUACGCUGCUCAUAUCUGUGGACAUCAUGGUUUUUGUUCCAUGGUAGGAGUCUUUGAGGGCACUACAGAGAGUGUAAAUGUCACUCUUAGACACUUUGGAUGCUCACAGAAAAUGGUGGACAGUAAAUAAGGAGUGAUUUCAGACACAACCUUUGUUCUUUGUGGAAUAUUUGUUGUUGUAACUCAUGGAAAUGUGCUUUAUAUUUCAAAUGAGAUGGUAUAUACUGUGUAACCUGUAUUUAUAAGAUGACCUAAGACUGUUGAGUAAAGAAAACUGCCAAAGUGUUGGAAGAAAUACUCAGAUCUUAAAAGUGGCAAUACCACAGUCUAUAAAUACUGUGUUACAAAUCCUUCUUUUCAUAUUUUACCUAAGUAAAAGUACAUAAGUGUUUUCAUCAAAAUAUUAAAUAAAUUACUCAUUAUGUUGAAUGAUAAGAUGACAAUAUUUUAUAUUUGGAUUAUAAUAAGUCAUGCAUUAAUAAAUGUGUAAGCAAGAACUAUUUGCAGGGUGUUUUUAUAUUUACAUUUUGUAGCGUUAAAGCUGUUAUUGUCACGAUAAAACACCGAAAGAAGAAAAGAUCCUCACAUGUGUCGGUCGGUUUCUGCAUCUGAGAUAUCAUUCUGAACAGCAUGAGACAUGCAACCCGUGACUAAUCUUAUGUUUUAUUUGAGAAGAUGGUUCGUUUCAAAAUGAAUAGUACUAAGUCAAGUUUAAACAUUUCAGAUAAUGUAAUGUUUCUCAUGGCUGCCAAUGCAUGUCUGGACACAAACAAUGAAACAUCCUUAUUAUGACUGGGCGGAUGACUUUAAAAUAAAACGUGUUAUACAUCAUCAUCUUAAAAUAAUGAACUAACCUACAGUGUAAAGCUGUAUCUCUGUGACAGUCUGAUUACCUUUAUUCUUCCUGCACAGUCCUCCUCAUUCUCACGUGCGUCAAAAGGUUAUGAUUAACUAUUAUUACAAUAUAAUACAUUUAUACUGUAUAUUAAUAUGCUGUUUUUUUCUCCCAGUGUUAUUUAUUAAGAUUCUAAUGAGAAAUCACCUAUUUGUCGAAAUGUAAUUAGGUUUUUGAAGUAAUUAUGCCUUAUUUAAGAAGUGUUGACACCUUUUGUGAGGACAUGGAUCGUCGACAUUGUUGUCUUGUAUGAUGAUGUAAUGAUGAUGUAAUCCAGGGGCAAUACCGCAGGUGAAGAAUGAUCUAAAUAUGUGGAUGUGCUCUUUUUUUUCUACUGUUAUAAAAUCAUGUACAGUUUUUUUUAUGAGUGUAACAAUGUAAGCCAGGUUCUAUUUUUAUCAUGUAUAAAAGCAACAUUUUAACCUAAAAUGCAUAGAAUAACCCCCAAUAUUAUUCAUUGUGUGUGUCUGCUCCACCACCAGAGGGCACUUGUCGCCUGUGACUGUGCUGUAGGCUUCUAUAUUAGGUCAAUUGGACAUUAAAAUGUUUUAAUAUUAAUUUGACUUAAAUAUUAACAACAAAACCCUCCUUCACUUCUGACUUUACUAA